GCGAACGUAGUAAGAGAGGUGUCCGGGGGGGCGGCGCAUACCGAUGCAGUACUCCUUCGUAUAGAGCAGGCUUGGGUCAAGGGCCUCAUUGCUCUCAUCGGUACCUCUUUCGCGAUCACCCAUGUUUGCAGUAUACAGAAGGCGCCGAGCUCAGCUUGGCGCUGUUUCGUAGGUUGAGCAAUUGAAGAGGUAGUAGAAUAUGUCGUGGACAGAGUCGUUUGCGUGGUACGAGCGCAAUGGCAGUAUCGCGGGGGGACUCGUCAGCUAUGUACGGUCGCUGUGGCGGUUCGUGGGUGCCUCCCGACGGUUCGUCUCUCGUGGCGCCGACAAGAGAGGCCGUCUGGGAAAUUCGAGUGUAGUUUGGGGCAAGAAAGUCUCGCUUUCUCGUCUGGAUUUGGACUUUGGACGAGGGUGGGGGGUGAGCAAGGAAGAGGUCGAAGAGGGGACCCCGGCGUUGGAGUUGAGCAAAGCGGCAGCAGGCAGUGGGGGGACAGCGGCGGGAUGCGAUUGUCGUCGUCGUUGUCGUCGUUAUCGAGGUGGAAUGGAGCGUGCCUACAAGAAGGGCCACAGACAGGAUCCGUCCGUUAUGAUGUCGGUCGAGUACGCCGGAAGAAAAGGUAACCUGGAAAGAGAAAAGUUAGCCGGGCUGCUGCAGAGCGUCGGGCUGGGCCUAACGGUGAUUAGGUCCCAAGGGAAGUGGGCGGCGGCAGUCGUACGUCGGUCGUGUCGUAGCUUUGCCUCUUGUCUCUGGGCCCCUUGUCUCUCGUUUUCUUCAAGGAGGCAGCAGAGGAAUGGAAUAGGUAUCCCAAUCCAAGUUCCAGGUUACAGCGCCGUCGGUGAGACACCGUAAAGCGGGCCAGUGGGAUUCGCGUUCCUCGCAAAUUGGGUGCACGUCUGGGUGUGCUUAGACAACGUCAAUGCCCCAAUUACACUAGGGAAUCACCAUGAAGCUAAACAAGCAGACGGAACUCCAAGGUAAGAUGAGGUGGUCGCAGCCUAGGCCCAAGGGAAGGGAUGGGGGGGCACCGAAAAAGAAACAAAGUGAGAAUCGUGGGGUGCAAUUGGCCAGCAGGGGAGUCUGUCCCGUCUCUGAGGUGUGUCCGUUGGUUGGGUUGUGUGCGCGACUUCAGCUAGCCUAGAUCAUCUGCGCAAGAGGUCGUGACGGAGACGGGAAGAAAGAUGAGGGAGGGAAGCAGCUAGCUAAGUAAGUAAGGUACUUUGAGAAGAGAGAGACGGG